UCUACUCGAUGAGAGGUCGCACCUGCGCAGUAGUAGCGCUGUCUACUUGUCAAAGCUAAUCGGCUUGUUUGAGGAAAGACUCCUGAUUUCCAAGCAAACCCUCUUUUGACACAUGGCUAGAUACAUGAGGCCGCCGAACACGUCACUUUUCGUCAGAAAUAUUUCUGAUGAAUCCAGGCCUGAGGAUUUACGCCGUGAGUUUGGCCGCUAUGGGCCCGUAGUGGACGUCUACGUCCCACUUGACUACUAUACACGUCUGCCAAGAGGAUUUGCAUACAUUCAAUUCGAAGACAUCCGCGAUGCCGAAGACGCCCUGCACAGCCUCGACAGGAAAUGGGUGUGUGGUCGACAGAUCGAAAUCCAGUUCGCACAGGGCGAUAGGAAGACUCCGGGACAGAUGAAGUCCAAGGAGAGGAGCUCGCCAGGCCGCUCCACGUCGCGGUACGACGACGAGUCCGAUCACGGCGGCAGUCGUCGCCGGCGGUCGCGGAGCCGCAGCUACGAGCGCUACCGGUCCCGGAGCCCCUCCCACGAAUGGCGCCCCCGCCGCCCAGAAAGCCCCCGGGAUUCUCGCGGACGAAUGUACGCAGCGCGGAGGAGCCGAAGCAGGGAAGACGAGAGGUACAAGACGCGGCCCAGGAGGGAGUCCAGGGGCCGCUCCCGCUCCAAGUCCCCCACCCCCAGAGACGAGGGCUACCAGGGCGCCCCGUCCCGCGACCCACGGGACCCACGGGACCCGCGGGACAGCCGCGACCUGAGGGACGUGGGCCGGCGGUCACGCACUCCGUCCCGCUCCGUCUCCCGGUCGCGCUCCCGAUCCAGGUCGUGGGCCGGUCGCAAAUCGGGGGGACACUAGUUCCCCCCACCCCCCCCCCCCCCCCCCACCCCCAGAUCCUUGCGGUCCUUCGGGACGUAGAGGGAAGGUUAACGUCUUGGAAUGUGUGUCACACAAUCUUUUCUUUGUCUUUUUCGUUAAAAGGGAUUCUCUUGUCACGCACCGAACCAGUACCGGGGCGACAUGCUUGUUGGCGACAUUUCUGGUGUUGUUUUUUUUUCGGGCCCGUGGGUUUUCUCAAAUUGAGCACUUGUCUUUUUCUCCCCUGGCCAGAAAUCUGUCGGUCUUGAGGGGGUUUCUCGAGUAUGAUGUAUUGGUAGUGUUUUGUAAAUUAAUUAACCUGUUUGAAUGUCCCUCCCUUUGCCUUUUUGUUAUAUGCAGGUUGGUUCCAAAGUGCUAUACAAUAUAACCUUUAAUGUGUGGUUCUUGCAGUAGCAGUUGAGUUUGUGUUUGUCUAUAAAUAUGAAACCAACAAUACUGGUUAAAAAGUUAAACUUUUUUUGUAAGAACGUGUCAUUUUAUAUACAGUUUGUUUCUGUUAAAAACAACGUCUUGUUAUGCGUUUUCUUUUUCUUUAAUCAGAAAUAAAGAAGUCAUGACAAAUUUG